CGCGACGCGACGCGCGCGCGCGCGCGACGACGACGCGAGCUCGAUCGCGGAUCGCGUCGCGAUGUGCGGGAUCUUCGCGUACAGUAAUUGGAACUGCCCGAAGAGCCAGAAGGAGAUCGUCGAGAAGCUGCUCACGGGACUGAAGCGAUUGGAGUACCGCGGAUACGACAGCGCGGGACUGGCGCUCGAGGACGGGGAGGACGUGUCGCGGACGACGGCGAAGGUGUUUCGCGAGACGGGGAAGAUCGCGAACCUGGAGGGGUUGCUGGAGGCGAGUGAGAAGGAUCUGCACGGGGAUUUGGUGUUCGAGUCGCACUGCGGCAUCGCGCACACGAGAUGGGCGACGCACGGACCGCCGGCGCCGAAGAAUUCGCACCCGCACACGAGCGAUGAGGAGAAUGAUUUUUUGGUGGUGCAUAACGGGAUCAUAACGAAUCAUCAGGCGCUCAGGGAGACGUUGCAGCGGAAGGGGUACAUGUUUGAGAGCGAUACGGAUACCGAGGUCAUUCCAAAGUUGACAAAGUAUUUAUUCGAUAAAUUUCACGAUAAGUGCUCGUUCAGACAGCUGGUGAUGGAGGUGUUGAGACAGUUGCACGGGGCGUACGCGCUGGCGUUUAAAUCGAGGCAUUACCCGGGGGAGUUGGUGGCGGCGAAGCGCGGGUCGCCGUUGCUCUUGGGCAUCGCCGAGGGACCGCAUCCGGGAGAGCAGCACGCGUUGGUGACGAGCGAAGGCUUCGUGCCGACGUCUAAGCGCGCGAAGCGGACGUCGAUGGAAUUUUACUUCGCUUCCGACGCAUCGGCCAUGGUAGAGCACACUAAGCGCGUGUUGCACCUGGAGGACGACGACGUGGCGCACAUUCACAACGGAGGGUACGGCAUCUAUCGCAUGGAGAAGAUUCACACCGAGGGCGAAGAUUCGCCGAGUUUGGCGUAUGCUCCGACGGUGAAAUCCGCUGAAGUCGAGCGUACGAUUGAGACGCUGACUAUGGAGGUUGAGCAAAUCAUGAAGGGAAACUUUGAUCACUUUAUGAAGAAGGAAAUUCACGAACAACCGGACGCGAUUCAGCAGACGAUGCGCGGUCGCGUCGUCUUCGACGCCGACGGAAACGUGCAACGCGUGUUCCUCGGUGGCAUGGUUGAUUACUUGUCCACCAUUCGACGGUCACGUAGAAUAAUCUUGUGUGGAUGCGGGACGAGUUAUAACAGCGCCAUCGCUGUUCGUCAGCUCAUGGAAGAACUGACCGAGUUGCCGGUGACGCUCGAGCUCGCCUCGGACGUCCUAGAUCGUCAGUGCCCGUUCUUCCGCGAUGAUUCCAUUAUUUUCAUCUCGCAAUCCGGUGAAACCGCGGAUACUUUGCGCGCUCUCGAGUACGCGAAGUCCAAGGGGGCGUUGUGCAUCGGGAUCGUCAACGUAGUCGGUUCGGCGAUUUCCCGCGCCACCGAUUGCGGUCUCCACAUCAACGCCGGCGCCGAAAUCGGCGUUGCCUCCACCAAGGCUUACACGUGCCAAAUCACCUCCAUGGUGCUCCUCGCCUUGGCUCUCAGCGAAGAUUCUCGCUCUCGCGCUGAUCGCCGCAUGGACAUCAUGCGCGGCGUCGUCACAUUGCCAGACACCAUGCGCCGUGCGCUCGAGCUCGAUCAGAAAAUGCUCGCGCUCGCCCGCACUCUCGUGGACGAGAACUCUUUGCUGUUAUUCGGUCGUGGUUACAACUACGCCACCGCCCUCGAAGGCGCCCUGAAGGUGAAAGAAGUCGCCCUUCUUCACUCUGAAGGCAUCUUGGCGGGUGAGAUGAAACACGGUCCAUUGGCGUUGGUCGACGAGACCCUUCCUUUGGUCGUCAUCGCCACGCGCGAUUCCUCCUACCUCAAGCAAAAGUCCGUCAUCGAGCAGCUUCGCGCUCGCGACGCGCGCUGCAUCUUGAUCGUCAGCGAAGACGAUGAUUCUUUGGACAAAUUCGCCUCGAACGAAGACAUGAUCAUCAAGGUUCCCGAGGUGUGCGACUGCUUGCAACCUUUGAUCAACAUCGUCCCCUUGCAGUUGCUCUCGUAUCACCUCACCGUCUUGCGCGGGCACAACGUCGAUCAACCGCGCAACCUCGCGAAAUCGGUGACGGUAGAAUAGACUGCACCAGGC